CUAAUAUUUCAGCAUUAAUAACAUAAACUAAAUUUUUUUUACCGAAACUAUAUACACAAGUAACUCAAUGAUGUAAGUGCAUGAUAUUCAAAUAAUUACCGAUUCUUAUCAUAUGAUAUCCAUUAAUGAUUAGAUGUAAAGUGAAUAGAAAGAUUAUUUACAUGGAAUGAAGUUUCACAACUUCACCACAUAAAAUAUUCUUUCUAGGAAAAAGAAAACAAAAAAAAAGAAAGAACAAAUAUACAUAAAUAAACCGACAAUAAAAAUCAUUCAUAUCAUUUUAUUAAUAGUUUACUUAUCAAUAAUAUAAAUAAUUUGUAUUUUAUGUAAAAGAACGAAAGUAAGAAGUUAAAUAUAUAUUCCACAAUUGAUCAUUCCAUAUAUCUUCCAAAUUCUAAUUUUUUUUUCUUUCUCUUUCUUCAUUUUGUCCUUUUUCUGAAGUAAACAAUUAGUUCAUGCACUAGUGAAUACAUUGUAUAUACUUAUCUUUUUUUAAUAUUUAAUAACCAAUCAAAUUUUAAUGAAAUAACUGUAAAAUGUAAAUCAGUUUUGAACAUUAGACUUUUAUGAUAUUUUUUUUCCUAAAAUUUAAAUAUAAUCAUUUAACAAAGCAGUUCCUUCAUAAGGUAUAUAUAUAUAUAUAUAUGUACUGCAUAGUAACUAUUCCUAAUUAUGUCAUAAAUAUUAAACAUACUAAUUAUGACACCUUAAUAAUAUUGAACAAAUUCAUUUAAAUAUGAACUAAAAAUUGAUCAUUUUUUUAAAUUAUGUAAUAAUUAUUGAUUUCUGAUCAAUGAAUUCAUUCAAUAAUCAAUUUAUUAAAAAUAAAAUACAAAAAAAUAAUUUAAAACAUAUACGUUUUAAUGAUUUUUUAUCUUAUUCAUCAUCAAAUCAAUAUUUGAAUCAUAUAAAUUUAUAUAAAUCAAAUUUUAAUAUAAAUUAUUCAUCUAAUAUAGAAAUUAAUAAUAUUAUUAAUUUAGAUACAAUAUUUUUAUCAUUACAUAAUAAUAAUAAUAAUAAUCGAUUAUGUAAUAAAGAAAUUUCAACAAUUUUAAAGAAAAAAGAUUUCAAACAAUUUUCAAUUAUUUCUAAUAUAUUGAAUUUCAAUUAUCCACAUAAUAAGAAUUUAUUGUAA